AUGUCAGUGACAGGUUCGAAUUAUGAGCAGCCACAGUUCAUUGCCAGCGCUGGAAAUCGAAGCUUUUCAUCUAAUGCCCCACUGAUUGAGAACUCUGAUGCUCAGAAUGUUGUUCCAGAUGGCUUUUCAAAAGAGAGUUUAAAUGACCAUAUCUUGAACCAGAGAUUUCAGUUGAAACCAGAGGCACUUAAUGCAUUGAAAUUGCCUGUGAAGGCUGAGGCUGGAUUUCUUGGCUCUGUGAAACUUAAGAGAUUCCUGAAUGAGCCAUAUUAUUCUUUGUGGCACAACAUCAUUAAGCGUAAAUUUGUGAGUUUCAACAAUAAUGGUUGGGACACUGGUGUGGCUGUUCAGGCUACUGAUCUUAGUUUGUGGAAACUUACUUCAUGCUAUGAGAAUUUCAAUAGCAUUGUACCUUGGAGUAGGCUUGGUCAGGACCCAAUUGUAGUUCAUCUGGAUCGUAUUUUUUUGUUAGUUGAACCUGCAACGCAUGUUCAAGGGUCCACUGAAGAUGCCAUUCAAGAAGCUAAGAAAAGCCGAGUGCGGGAAAUGGAAAUGAAGCUGGUAGAGAAGGCUCAACAAUUAAAGUCUGAAGUGAUUGUACUGAGUAUUUUGUGUCUUGGAAAGGAGAUAUAUAUAGAUACUGCAAGUCAUGUUUUUGUUGGCUUUGCUUCAACUGCUAAUCAGAACAAGUUUUUUGGUGAUCAACCUGCCAUUGAUGUACUGACGAAGAAGCAAAAUGCAUUGCUUGGAGUGGCUACAAAUGAUGAUCGAAAGCAACUGGAGGAAGAUGCUAGAUAUCCACCAUGGGUGCAAUGUUGCCUAAAAUCUCAUUAUCUGGAUAAAUCUGAUAUUUGGGGAAGUCAACAGUAUCGAAUAUUUGGCACUAGAUUGGUGGUUAUUAGGAUAGAUACUCAUUGUCUUGUAUGUUGGUUGGAAAUUGUAUAGCAUGUUAGUUUUACCAUGUGAUUUAAGAUUUAUUGGUUUAAGUUUUCGGGUCUUUGUCUCCUGGGAGCUAUAAUAUAAUUUGAUGACAGUGUUGAAUGUUUUAAACUAAUUUGUGGAUUGUUAAUACAAUGUUGAAUGCUUUUUACUU